GACCUGGGCUGCAUCUGCACCACUGUCCCCAAAGCCAUGCACAAUUCCCUCUGGGACACCAGGAACAUCUCCUACUCAGGAUGUGCUGCACAACUAUUGACUUUUGCUUUUUUCAUUUCAGCAGAGUUUUCCCUCCUGACCGUGAUGUGCUACGACCGCUACGUGUCCAUCUGCAAACCCCUGCACUACGGGACCCUCCUGGGCAGCAGAGCUUGUGCCCACAUGGCAGCAGCUGCCUGGGCCAGUGGCUUUCUCACUGCUCUGCUGCACACAGCCAAUACAUUUUCCCUGCCGUUGUGCAAGGGCAAUGCCCUGGGCCAGUUCUUCUGUGAGGUCUCACAGAUCCUCAAGCUCUCCUGCUCAAACUUCUACCUCAGGGAAGUUAGGUUUCUUGUGGUUAGUGCUUUUCUUUUUUUUAGCUGUUUUGUGUUCAUUGUUUUCUCCUAUGUGCAGAUCUUCAGGGUUGUGCCGAGGAUCCCCUCUGAGCAGGGAUGGCACAAAGCCUUUUCCACCUGCCUCCCUCACCUGGCUGUGGUCUCCCUGUUCUUCAGCACUGGCAUAUUUGCCUACCUGAAGCCCCCCUCCACCUCCUCCCCGUCCCUGGAUCUGUUCCUGUCAGUUCUGUACUCAGUGAUGCCUCCAGCCCUGAACCCCCUCAUGCACAGCCUGAGGAAUCAAGGCUGCAGUGUUCUGCAAAUGAACAAAAUAAAAAAAAUAUUUUUCUAUAUGAGCUUGUAUGAAAGCCAUCAUUGA